AUGGCUCAGGAGCCGAGAGCGAGCGGAGCCGAGGAGCGCCGGGAGCAGCCGGGCUGUGCCCAGGGCCAAGGGCGCAGGGACGGGCGGCCGAGCGCUGGCAUUUGCCCCGACCACGCCCUGGAGAGGGGCUGGUUUUGCUGCACCGAGAGGCGGCUGGUGUGCGCGCAGUGCCCGAGCCAGGGCAGCUGUCGAGGGCACCGCGGGCGCCCACUGGCCGAGGAGGCGGCCGAGCGGCGGAACAGAAUUGUAGAUCAUUGUGAGACUCUUCAGCUGCAGAGUGCUGUGACCGCUAAAUAUGUUGCAGAGGUGCUGCCGGAGAAGAAACAGCAUGUUGUGAGUGCAGCCAGCAGUGCGCGAGAGGUCUUGAUCCGUCGCCUGAACCUCGUGAGGAAUGUUUGCGAGAGCGAGGAGCAGCGGCUGUUGGAGAUGGUGCAUACGGAGGAGGAACGGGCCCACCAGAAUAUCCUUACCCAGCACGUCCACUGGACCGAGUCGCUGCGGAAGCUGGAUGCCAUCCGGACUUAUCUGGUGACCAUGAUCACUGCUAAGGAUGACCACGGCCUCGUGCAGGCAGAAGAGGAAAUCUUUGAAAGAAUGGAGGAAGCUGAGGGGAUCCUGAAACCGCGGGAAUCUGAGAAGUUAAACUUUAACCCACAGUGUAUCCAGAGUCCGUUGAUGAGCCGGUUAUGGGCCGCUGCUGUUCUGUGCUGGAACUCAGAUGACGUCCACAUUGAUGAGAAAACAGUCGGCCCGCUAUUGAUGCUCUCGGAAGACAAGAAAACGUUGACCUUUAGUCCUAAGAAAAUCAAGAAUGACAUCGAUGGUCCAGAACGGUUUGACCACUGGCCCAAUGCCUUGGCUGAAGAAUCAUUCCGUAAAGGGACACACGCAUGGAGAGUCAGCGUGGCAAACAGCGGCGCAUACAAGCUGGGUAUCUCAUAUAAAUCACUGCCACGAAAGGGAAUGGGUCCUGAAGCCCGUCUGGGCUACAAUCCAUUCUCCUGGGUCUUUUCCCGCUAUGACAAGGAGUUUCGGUUUUCACAUGACGGUUGCCACCAGACAGUGGACCUCCUCAAGUGCCCGAUGGAAAUUGGGAUCCUGGUAGACUUGGAUGUGGGAGAGCUAUUGUUUUACGACCCAGAAUCCUGCGUUGUUCUGCAUGCACACCAUGAAAACUUCACUGCUCCCAUCUACCCAGCCUUGGCUGUAACUGAUCAAAGCAUCUCACUGAUACGGUGAGAGUGAGACUCUGUUGAGAUACCCUUUGUGAGGUCAAACUUAUCUUCUGUGAACACUGAGAUUAUUUGCUAAAACUGCAUGGAUGCGUGUGGAUUAUCCAACAUUUAUGGCUCCUUGAAAUUUGUGGCGUUCGGGUUCCUUACAAUUUUACAAGCUCAGAAAAUCGGACACACCCAAAGCAUAACUGAAAUGGCAAGUGAAAUUAUUUCUGCUACUUAAUUGGCUAGAGAGGAGGAAACUGAGGGUAUCCAGAAACUCCAGGAAUGUGACAAAUUAAACUUUUAAAACUUUUAAACUUUAACAUCCAGAGUCAGCCACUUUACCAGUUAUUCCACCAUGUUUGGAUUCCAGUGGAUAGGAACAUUCUCCUUGCCACUUGGUGGGGUAAUACAAUCAAUCUACACUGGCUAGUGGUUUGGCAGUCUAUGUGAAAGAGAGAGAGUGGAGGGUACUUAUGUGACAGGCAGUGCUGAUGCCUCAGUAUGGGACAUGUGUUCGAAGGGUCAUUUUAUGUGGUCAUUAAAAUUUAUGUUUUAUCUAUUCA